AUGGGCGGCUUUCCGGCGCUGCUCGCGCUGCUCGCGCUCGCCCUCAUUCUCGCCAGUGACGUCAUCCGCGGGGCAUGCGGCCAAGACAACAUGCUCACGGACGUGUCCGCAACGCCGCCGCCGGCGGUGGCGACGGCGAUCGCGGUGGGCAGCACCUUGGCGUUCAACUUCACGGCGGCGCGCUGCACCAACCUGCCCACCACCGCCUCCUCCGCCACCGUGCAGUGGACGCCCGCCGCCGCCGCCGCCGCCGGUCUCCCCGCGUGCGAGAACGUCACCUUCCUGACCGGCGCUGAUUGCACCGGGGUCGUCGCGUCGUCCGUCGCCAAGCCCUUAAGGUCAGCGUCGCGCCUGUGCCAUGGCGUGGCGCGGGUGGCGGCGAGGGUGGUGGUGGCGACGGCCGUGGCAGUGGGCGCCUACAAGGUCGCCUUCGACCCCUCCUCGCGCUGCGCCACCGUGCCCGCCGCCACCGCGCCCGCUGGCGUCGCCACGCCUGUCACCGUGCAGUGGAACGCGCCGUGCACCACGCUGGGGUUCUACCCGGGCAACAGCUGCAACGGCACUGUCAUGCAGCUCAUGUACUCCUUCUCCAGCAGCAACCCGCCGUCCAUCAAACCAUUCAGCCCACUCGCGUCAAUUCACUGCUCAUUCUCCUCCUCCACAGCGUGCAAGUAUGCCACAUGCCCGGCCAACUCUGUGUGUGCGAGCACAAACGACAACAGGGUAGUCACCUGCAAGUGCGACAAGGGCUAUAUUGGCAUCAACGGCACCUGCCAAGACAAGUGCAAUCUCAACUGUGUUUUGGCCAACACCCGUUGUGUGAGGGACGCGAACGGGGUCCCGAAUUGUGUUUGCAACAAGGGCUUUCAAUAUGCUUCUGCAAGCAACAACACCUGUGUUGAUAAAUGUACUCUUGAAUGGUCCUUCAUUGAAUAA